GGUGUGAAGCAAAAAAUCUCUUUUUUUUUUUUAUGUGUAAAGAGAAAAAGUCUCAAUUUUCUCAAGCAUCAAUCAAUGGCGACGGAGUACGAGCGGAAGAGAUUGGAGAACAUAAGACGGAACGAUGAGAUGAUGGCGGCUCUCAAUGUCCGUGCCAAAGCUUCUUCUCUUCUCUCUGCCGCAACCGCAGCCAAACGCUCUCGAGACGAAUCUAAAUCAUUUAAGAAAAAGAAGCCGAAACCUGCUACAACGCCCACUGUUAUCCGAAAGUCUCUACGCACCAGAGGUUUGAAUCCAGAUUCCGGUGGCUUACCUGAUGGGUUUUCAGAUUUCCGGAUGGGUUCUCAGAUCACACACCACAAACCCCCCUCUCCUAAGAAGCAAUCGCCACGUCUAUUGGCUCCUCUGCCCUUCGAUUCCGCUUAUGAAGGAGAUGGUUCUUAUACGCCAUUGGUUGAUACUCUUUUGGGUAUUGAGAGUAAGUCUUGUAGAGAAAAAUUGGUUAAGGGAGAAAUUGGAUCGGUUAAGGAUGAGAACGAGUCUCCUAUGGUGAGCACUAGGAGUACUUGUCGUGUAUCUAAAGUUUCUGUUAAAAAAGAAGAGCCAGAUGAUUCCUUCAGUGAUUGUGUGAAGAAGGGAUUUGAUAUUCCGGUUAAGCCUGAGAAGAUUGAGUUUGAGGAUGGUUUUGAUCAGGAUUUGUUGAGUUUAGAACCGCAUAAUGUUGCACGUGUUGUGCCUGGGAGGAUUUUUGUUGUCAAGUUCUUACCUUGCCAGAAUGUUAAGAUGGUUGCUGCAGGGGACAAACUUGGGAAUGUUGGGUUUUGGAAUUUGGAUUGUGAGAAUAAGGAAGAUAAUGAUGGGAUAUAUCUAUUCACCCCUCACUCAGCACCAGUUUCAUCUAUUGUGUUUCAGCAAAACUCUUUAUCAAGGGUUAUUACCAGCAGCUAUGAUGGUCUCAUCCGGUUGAUGGAUGUCGAGAAGUCGGUUUUUGAUCUGGUUUAUUCCACGGAUGAAGCUAUAUUUUCACUCUCGCAGAGACCAAAUGAUGAGCAAAGCUUGUACUUUUGUGAGGAUUAUGGAAUGUUCAAUAUAUGGGACCUCCGAGCAGGAAAAUCAGUUUUCCAUUGGGAGUUACAUGAACAGAGGAUUAACUCUAUAGACUUCAACCCGCUAAAUCCCCAUGUCAUGGCUACAAGUUCCACAGAUGCAACUGCUUGCCUUUGGGACUUGAGAAGCAUGGGAGCCAAAAAACCGAAAACAUUGACUACUCUAAAUCAUUCUAGGGCUGUGCACUCUGCUUAUUUCUCACCUUCUGGCCUUUUACUUGCAACUACAAGCCUUGACAACUACAUUGGUAUUCUAAGCGGCUCAAAUUUUGAGAAUACUUACAAGAUAUAUCACAAUAAUAACACCAGCAGGUGGAUCUCCAAAUUCAGGGGAGUGUGGGGGUGGGAUGAUUCAUACAUCUAUGUUGGCAAUUUGUCAAAAAAGAUUGAUGUGAUCAAUCCGAAACUAAAGCGAACAGUGAUGGAACUGCAUAACCCUCUGAUGAAAGCUAUACCAUGCAGAAUCCAUUGUCAUCCUUAUAAUGUUGGGACACUUGCAGGAUCCACAGCUGGAGGACAGAAAAGAAAGUCUCAUUCUUUCACUCACGCUUCAAUGGCGACGGAGUACGAGCGGAAAAGAUUGGAGAACAUAAGACGGAACGAUGAGAUGAUGGCGGCUCUCAAUGUGCAUGCCAAAGCUGCUCUUCUCUCCGCCGCAACCAAACGCCCUCGCAACCAAUACGAGAAGAAGAAUACUAAACCUGCAAUUAUCCGCCAGUCUCAACGCACCAGAGGCUUGAAUCCAGAAUCCGGUGGCUUACCCGAUAGGUUUUCAGUUAAUCCCAAACGUACCCACAACGCAACGCUUCCCCGCAAGUCAUCAGCUCCUAUGCCAUUCGAUGUGGCUUAUGAAGGAGAGGAUUCUCUUACGCAAUUUGUUGAUAGUAUUGCUAGAGGACCAUUGUUGGUUAAGGUCUGUGAGGAUGAUAACGAGGCUCCUAUGUUGAGCACUAGAAGUUCUAAUGUUGUUGUCAAUAGGGAGGAGCCAGAUUCCCCCAGAGAUCAUGUAAAUAAAAUUGAGUUUGAUCUCGAGUCUUUGAGGGACGUACAUGGGAGUGUUGGGUUUUGGAAUUUGGACAAGGAGGAAGAUGAUAGGAUCUAUCAAUUCACCCCUCACACUAACGUAGUUUCAUCUCUUGUGUUUCAGCAAAACUCUUUCUCAAGGGCUAGCAGCUAUGAUGGUCUCAUCCGGUUGAUGGAUGUAGAAAAGUUGGUUUUUGAUUUCGUUUGUUCGCGGGAUGAAGCUAUAUAUUCGCUUUCACAAAGACCAAACGAUGAGCAAAACUUAUACUUUGGCGAGGGAGAGGGAAUGUUCAAUAUAUGGGACCUCCGAGCAGGAAAGUCAUUUUUCCACUGGAAUUUACAUAAAUACAGGAUAAAUACUAUUGACUUCAACCCGCAAAAUCCCCAUGUCAUGGCUACAAGUUCUGAGGAUAGGACUGCUUGCCUUUGGGACUUGAGAUGCAUGGGAGCAAACAAACCGAUAACAUUGACUACUGUACAUCAUGGCAGAGCUGUGCACUCUGCUUACUUCUCACCUUCUGGCCUUUCACUUGCAACUACAAGUCGUGACAACUAUGUUGGUAUUCUAAGUGGCCGCAAUUUCGAGAAUCCUUCGAUGAUAUAUCACAAAAAUAGCACCAACAGGUGUAGCUCCAAUUUCAGGGGAGUAUGGGGGUGGGAUGAUUCAUACAUAUUUAUCGGCAAUCUGUCAAAAGGAAUUGAUGUGAUCAAUCCAAAACUAAAGCAAACAGUGAUGUCACUGCAAAGCCCUCUGAUGAAAGCUAUUCCAUGCAGAAUUCAUUGCCAUCCUCUUAAUGUUGGGGUGCUUGCAGGAUCCACAGCUGGAGGACAUGUCUAUGUUUGGACAACAAAGUAGCAUACUUAACCAAUUUCAAGUAGCAUGAGGUGUUGAGUUGUUUUGUUCUGUCGUACAGAAGAAAUGGAAGCAAGUUUU